GCCAAAGCACCAUGGAGAGUGGACAGAGAGUGCCCCGAAAGGGCCGGAAGCUAGGCUCCAGCCGCCGGCGACAGAUGCGAGAGCUAGCUGAUGGCCAGGAUGCCUCUGUGGCCCCCGAACCAGAGUCCUGGUCCUCCCAGUCAGCUGCAGAACUGCAGGGCUUCUUCCAGGACUGUGGUGCCAAGGAGAGGGGCUUUGUCACUCGAGAGGACCUGGCGGUGGCCAAGUUCAGCUUCCUGGGCAGCAAGGAGGAGCUGGGGAUGAUCUUUGACUGGGUGGAUGUGGAGCGGAAGGGACGCCUCUCCCUUGAAGAAUUCAGCUCUGGGCUCAAGAACAUCUUUGGCUUCAGCCUGAGCACCCACAGGCUCCACAGAAGGAGGCUACAGUUCUCCAAGCGAGGAUCUGUAGCCACCAGUUUCCCAGUGCAGGAGGAGGCCGACACUGAGGAGAAGGAGGCGUUCUUUGCCUUCAUGGAGCAACUGGAAGUCGGCCACUCACUUCCCGAGCAGGCGGAAAUCUGGCAGCUAUGGAGGAAGCUGCAGCAGGAGGAGCCCCAGCUGGCAGGCAACCUGGAGGGCUUUCUGGCCAAGAUGAACAGUCGCCUGCAGGAAGCACGGACCGACAAGGAGGUUCUGGAGCUGACCCUGAGGAAGCGGGACUCUGACUACCAUCGCGAGGUCCAGCAGCUCUAUGAGGAGAUAGAGCAGCAAAUCCGGCAGGAGAAGCAGCAGCUCCAGGCUGAGAGCGACUCCCGGGGCCUGGCCCUCAGCUCCCAGAUGCAGGAGGUCCUGGAGGCCAAGGAAUGCACGGUGCAGCGCCUGACUGAGGGCCAGAAGGCGCUGGAGGCCCAGCUCCACCGCCUCAGCAGCACACACCAGGAGGCCAGCUCGGAGAACCAGCAGCUUCGGGAGGCCCAGCGUGACCUGGCUGGGAGGCUGGAAGAGGUGCGGGGGCAGCUGCAGGUGACCAGGGGGCACCUGAACGCCACCAAGGCCCGUGUGUCCUGGCAGAUGGAGGAGGAACUGAGUAUCCCCAGAGCAAGUGAGGAGAAGGCCUCAGUCUCCUCUGAGGAGGCUCCCCUGCCUGGACUGACUGGGGACAGCGAUGCCUGGGACCAGCUCCUCAGCAGCUUCAGCAGCACCCGCCACAGUGCCCUGCAGCUCUCCAGGAGCCCACCCCCAGCUCCGAGAGCCUCCUCAGGCCCCCAGACACCCCGAGCGGUCAGGCAGAUCUCCAUCCCAGAGCCGCGUGCUUUUCUCUUUGGUCAGGAGACACCUUCAGAUCCAGAUGGGUCUCCAGGAAGCACCGCUGGGGUGCCUUCCAGGACCGAGGAAGAGAAAGGAGUGAACCCAGAGGGGCAGGACAUCAGCCCAGAGCAGACUGGAGAGCCCCCCAGCCUGGAACCUAAGGAGGAGUCAGGGCCUAGCCCUGGGGUCCACUUCCGCUGGGGGCUUCCAGGGGCUCCAGCUGGGGAGUCAGGGGGCCUGGUGGCAGCUGCGUUCAAAGUGCUCAUUCCUUUAGAGGAUGGGGCCCCUCCUCAUGUGACCUCUCCCCCUCCCCAGGCCUCAGCUAGGCCCAGUGAACAGUUCCAGGCUUCAUACUCAGAUGACGAGGGCCCCGGGCCUGGGCCUGUCCCAGCCAAGCCACCCAGGCAGAGAGAGGCCCUCCAUCAGGACCCACAUGCCUCUGGCUCUGAGCCAGGGCUGGGGUCCUCAGGAGCUGGAGCCCUCACAGCAGGGCUGGAUGAGCCCUCCCAGGGCCUGGAGCCUGUGGGUCAGGCUUCCACAGAGGGAUUGGAGCAGGGCAAGCUGAGCCCAGAUGCACAGGAGGGCCGUCCCUGGGGACUACAGGAAGCUCACAGCCAGGUCCUUCGGCCUGAAGGGCUGUCUGCCCUACCAGACCAGAGUCUGGAAGAGGAGCCCAGGGCUGAUGAAAGGAAAGCAGGGGACCAAGGAAGGCAGGAUUUCAGGUCAGAGCUGUCCGUUGAGGCUCAUGGCCUGAAAACUGGGCACUCGGAACUCCCCCAGCACAAUUCCCCGCCUGCUCCUCUCCCACCUGACAGAGCACAGGCUCAGGCUGAGGCACAAGCCCCAGCUCCUGAAAAACCAUCACUUUCAAGGGGCUCUCCCCCCACAGGGGCCCAGCCUGGGGAUGCAGCAGGGCCCCAGGAGCCCACACAAACCUCCCCCACCAGGGCUGAGCUGGAAGCCCAGCCCAGGCCCCAACCUACAACCACUCACACAGAAGAAGAAACAGGACCCCCUCAAUCCAGGGAGCCAAGGGCAGAGAACAGGCCUGAAGAUCCAGGAAUGGACUCUGGAGGCAUUGGGCUGACCCCAUCCCCAGGGGACCGCAUGGCCAGUGAGCCUUUGGCCAAUCCUGAUUACGCCUUCCACGUCAUCUUCCUGGGAGACUCAAAUGUGGGCAAAACAUCCUUCCUGCACCUGCUGCACCAGAACACCUUUGCCACUGGGCUGACAGCUACUGUGGGAGUGGAUUUUCGGGUCACAAACCUGCUGGUGGACAACAAGUGCUUUAUGCUGCAGCUCUGGGACACAGCUGGCCAGGAGAGGUACCACAGCGUGACGCGGCAGCUGCUCCGCAAGGCUGAUGGAGUGGUGCUCAUGUACGACGUCACCUCCCAGGAGAGCUUUGCCCAUGUGCGUUACUGGCUGGACUGUCUCCAGGAUGCAGUGUCUGACAGCGUGGUCAUCCUUCUCUUGGGAAACAAGACAGACUGUGAGGAGGAUCGGCAAGUGUCCACAGAGGCUGGGCAGCAACUGGCCCAGGAGCUGGGGGUCUCCUUUGGAGAGUGCAGCGCUGCCCUGGGUCACAACAUCCUGGAGCCUGUGGUGAACCUGGCCCGGUCACUCAAGAUGCAAGAAGACCGCCUGAAGGGCUCACUGGUGGAGGUGGCCCCCGAGAGGCCAACGAAGAGAGCUGGCUGCUGCUCCUGA